ACUCAGUAUAUCUAAAUAUAUCACACUCUCAUAGGUGCGAAUUUACGUCCUGAACACACAGGGGAUUCCCCAGCCGCAUUUCCUUUCCGCUUGUAUGUGAAAACAGAAUGAAUGAUAACGUUGCAGACGAAAGAAUGAAUCGAAUUAACACCAAUGGGUACCCUGUGUUCACCACGUACAGUUUGCAAGACCAGGAGAAAGUUCGUUACAUCGUGGAAAUGAUGACAAGCAUCCUAGGAAUAAGGGUGUUUGACCCUGAGAAUGAUGUUCAACCUGGCGAGUCCAUAAUAAGGAAGAUAAUCGAAAACGGCAUCGAAAAAUCUAAAGCUUCGGUUUUGUUUAUUAGCAAAAACUUUCUGAAAAGUGGUUUGUGUAAAUUCAUAGCGGAUAAUAUUCUCUGGAGAUAUAUCAUCACCAAGGGAAAAUACAGAGUUAUUCCGAUUGUUCUCGACAAAUGCAAAGUUCCUCGAUCCUUCAGGGUGUUGAAUUGUAUAUAUUGCUGGAAAUAUGAAUUGAAGGUACAGAAAUACAACGCAACAGUACUCGAUUGCCUGGUGCAGCUAAAACGAAGAUUUAUCAAGGCACUGAAAGGUCCUCGUCUUGUGUUCCGAAGACUUAAAGACGUGAAGACGAGCACACACGGAAAACACAUUCUCUGGCAUCUUCGCAGUAUCAUGAAAAGAGAUCGAAUUCUACGGGAAAAGAAAAAUUCUCCCACAAUAUUUGGGUUAUGGCGGCUUGUGAAUGUUAGCAAACAUUGUAUAUUGACGUGUAAAUACGGGGACUGUACAUUUUCGUGUAGUGGGGAGAACUUUAAAAAACUUGAAAAACACAUAGGAAAGUGUUUGUAUGUACCACUUCAAUGUCCAAACAGAUUUUGUUUAUUCAGAGCAAGAAAAUUCGUCAUGAAAAAACAUUUGGAAAAUUGUAAACAUUUCAUUGAGAAAUGUCCAAUCGAACGUUGCAAUGUUAAAAAGCAGCGACAAAAUAUGGCCUCACACAUGCGGAAGUGUCCAAAUAGGUUAGUUCCAUGCGAAAACAAAUUAUCCGGUUGUCCAGCAGUUGUGCCGUUCAAAGAACUACAAAAUCACAUUCGAGACUGCUCGUGGUCACCAAAGCAUUGUAAAAAUUGCGGCAAUGUAUUUCUGAGAAAAGAAAGUGGAGAGCAUGCUUGUCCGUUGGCCAUUAUUGAAUGUCCAGAUUGUGGGGCAGGAGUUGCAAGGAAAGACAUGGAAAAACAUCAUAAAAAGUGUCAUACCAAGUGCUGCUCUAUGUGCAAUGAAACUUUUGCCAAGAAUCAUCGGUGCCUUUUAAGAAAGUGCCAGUUUGACUUCUGUGAUUAUAAAGAUACCCAUUUAAGGGUAGAGGAACAUAUGACAAAAUGUAAAUAUAAGCCAGUGGUAUGCAAGCAUUGUGGCAUGUUCGUUCCAUCAAAGAAUUUUAAGAUACACCAGGGAGAAUGUAAAAACAUUGUUGUGUGCAGGAAGUGUGGAAUCAGAGUACAAAGAUCUUGUCUGGUUGUCCAUGAGCGGCUGCUUUGUACAGCUAACAGGAACCGUCCUUCGUGUCUACUAUGUGAAAGACUUGUCAAUUUAGAAGGCUUGAUUAAUACCAAAGAGGAUAUGGAAGUACACCAUAGCAUGCAUCAAACGCCAUCAAUUCCAAAUCACAUCGCUGAAUCAAAGUCUGAUGAACCAAAGGACACCGAAUCAUUGAAAACAUCACAUGAUGAGGAUGAUGGGCGUUAUACAGCACUAUACCUGGAUCAUAUUAACCAUUCUCCGAGAAUUGAUAAAAACCAACAAGAAAAAGAAAGUUCGACCUUUCAUAGAAGUGGCUCUCACUGUACAGAGAGUCGUAAGCGGUUUGAUAAAAUCUUGAGGCUUAUUGAACUUAAUCAAUCAGAUUUAGAGAGAAACGGAUCAUAUCGACGGAAUAAGAGUGCAAAACAAAUUCCUUCGAGGAGAUAAAAUGUGUGUUUAUCACAGGGGUUUGCUCCCGUUAAAAAUCAUAUUGUAAACAAUAUUAUAUUUUGAUAGAAUAAAUUUUAGAAUUAGAAUAGGUCAUUGAUUGAAUUUUUUGAACAGGGAUCAACAACCCCUGUGUGUUUAUCAAUGAUAUCAAUCAGUUCUGUUAUUCCUAAUUUUGUUCUUGCUUUAACGACAAAUGAUACAGCUCCGAUAUUUGUGUCUUGGAUUGUUUGUUAGUGAUUUGUUUGUUUGUUGGAUUGUUUGUUAGUGAUUUGUUUAUUUCUUGGAUUGUUUGUUAGUGAUGUGUUUGUUUAUUUCUUGGAUUGUUUGUUAGUGAUUUGUUUGUUGGAUUGUUUGUUAGUGAUUUGUUUGUUUAUUUCUUGGAUUGUUUGUUAGUGAUUUGUUUGUUUGUUUGAAUGUUUGUUAGUGAUUUGUUUGUUUAUUUCUUGGAUUGUUUGUAAGUGAUUUGUUUGUUGGAUUGUUUGCUAGUGAUUUGUUUGUUGGAUUGUUUGUUAGUGAUUUGUUUGUUUAUUUCUUGGAUUGUUUGUUAGUGAUUUCUUUGUUUAUUUCUUGGAUUGUUUGUUAGUGAUUUGUUUGCUUAUUUCUUGGAUUGUUUGUAAGUGAUUUGUUUGUUUCUUUCUUGGAUUGUUUGCUAGUGAUUUGUUUGUUUCUUUCUUGGAUUGUUUGCUAGUGAUUUGUUUGUUGAAUUGUUUGCUAGUGAUUUGUUUAUUUCUUGGAUUGUUUGUUAGUGAUUUGUAUAUUUCUAUAACGCAAGUACAUGAACGAUAACUGACUGAAAACUUCCAGUACUUUAUCAUGUAGUACGUUGGAAAAUCCAGCGUUUUACGUAAUAAAACAGUGUAAUUUUG